AUGAGUAUAUUAUCUCUUUUUCAUAUAUCUUCUCCGUUUUUACGAACUAACUGCUUAGAAAAAAAAGAAAUUUAUGAAAAUUUUAUUUGCUCUGUUUGCUUAGAUUUAUGCGAUACCCCAGUAAUUACAUUAUGUAAUCAUAUAUGUUGUUAUAAAUGUAUGUAUUAUUCUCUUCUUCAUAAAAGAAACUGUCCAAUAUGCAAACAGAUAAUUAGAAAUAAUAAUUUAAAAAAAAUUUCAGGGAAAAGAAAAAAGGAAUAUGAAGAAUUAAGAAUAAAAUGUUAUUUGUGUGAAAAAAAAAUGAAAAUUAAAAAUCAUAAAAAACAUUUAAAUGAAUGUGAAUAUAGAAAAUGUAAAAAUUAUAUUUUAGGGUGUGAAUACUAUGAUAAAAAAGAUAAAAUUAAAUUACACGAAGAGUUAUGUGAACAUAGAUUAAUAAGUUGCUCUAGUUGUUCUAAUUUAUUUUAUUUUAAAAAUAGAGUUUUCAUGUUAACAUUAAAAGAAAAAUCUGAACUAAAUAUGCGUGGUUCAUACACGUACUAUUCUUUUUACUAUAAUUUAUUACUUAAUACUAAUUUUAAUUUUAAGAAUUAUAAAACAAAUAUUAAUAAUGAUUAUCAUUAUAAUAAUUAUAUAUCUAGAACAAUAAAUAAUAUUAGAAGUUCUCAGUAUUCUUUUGAUCAGAUAUAUGCAAAUUAUAACAAUAAUUAUAAUAGAGAUACUACUACUACUACUACUAAUAAUAAUAAUAAUAAUAAUAAUAAUCCAAAUCAAAUUGUUUAUAAUGAUAAUGAUAACUUCUAUCAUAAUAAGGAACAUUUUACAAAUAAUAAUAAUAAUAAUAAUGAUCUUUCAUUUAAUAAUAAUAUUAAUGAUAAUGAAAAGAAGGUCAAUGUAAUUAGUAAUCAUUUAACAAAUAUUCCCUCAUCAAAAAUAAAUGAAUUAAAUAAAAAUUAUGUAGAAAAUAAUUCCUUUUGUAAGUUAAAUGAUAAUGGUAAAAAUCACUUAAAUAAUACUGCUAAUAAUAGAAAAAACAGUAAUCACCAAAAAACAAAUGAACAAAAUAAAGACAAGAAAAAUUGUAAUAAUGGAGAAUCAAUAAAAUGUAAUAAAUUUAAUGAUAGAAAUGAUGAUACAAGUUCUAGUGAAAAUGAUAAUUCAAGUAGUGAAGAAUAUUUAAAUAUAUUACCUCUAAGAAAAAAAUAUAAUUUUAAAGAGAAAAAUAGUAAAGAUACAAUUGUAAUAAUAGAAGAGUUAUUUCAAUUUGACAAUAUUGAUAUGAGUAAUAUUUAUUUAGAAAAUAAAGAAUUAUUUUUAUGUAACAAAACUUGUUUUACUAAUACAAUUAAGAAACUUAGACAAGAAUUAGAAAGAGCUUUAUUACUAUUAUAUUUUUGUUGUUGUAUAGGUAUGCCUAUUAUGUUUACACUUGGUGGUAUUAGCUAUGUUAUAACAAAAGGAUUAUUCAAAUUCUCUUUUUUAAUAACUAAUACCUUUAUAAAUUUAUCUCAUAAACUUAUUUUUAAAAUAUUUAAUAUUUAA